AUGGUAUUAACACAAGCAAGAUCAUACCCUUCGCUCGACGACAGCUUCCCUACCGUUCAGCUUUUCCUUCUAGCAAUAUGUCGUGUGGCCGAGCCAAUUGCCUUGACGUCCAUCUUUCCCUACUCAUGGGUGAUGGUCAAGGACUUCCACGUGGCCAAGAGCAGUGAUUCCUCUUUCUAUGCCGGAAUCUUGAUAUCCGCGUUCUCCCUAGCGGAGGCUGUCACAGGCAUGUUCUGGGGAAGUCUUGCAGACCGUCUGGGCCGAAAACCUGUUUUGAUCUUCGGCUGCUUUGGCACCAUGCUCUCUUUAUUCAUGGUGGGCUUGGCUCCCAACUUCUGGGUCGCACUAGCCGGCCGUGCCGUGGGAGGGGCGCUCAAUGGGAACAUUGGAGUCAUUCAAACCAUGGUGGGGGAGUUGGUAAAACGACCUGAGCAUGAACCCCGUGCGUAUGCCAUAAUGCCUUUUGUUUGGUCCAUUGGCACUAUCAUCGGACCUGCAAUUGGAGGCUUACUUGCAAGACCUGCGGAUGUUUAUCCUUCUAUUUUCCCUCGAGAUGGAAUCUUUGGACGCUUCCCUUAUCUGUUGCCCAACCUUGUUUGUGCCUUUAUGCUUCUUUUGAGUAUCAUUGGCAGUUGGCUGUUCUUACAGGAGACUCAUCCAGAUAUGCAGCCUGAUCGUGAUGAGUUCUUCGAGCAUACACCGGUUGAGCAGCCUCUCUUGGCAACGUCAGGAGCCACUGCCAAUGCUGGAGUUGACCUUCGAGCCGAUUCGUACGGAACCUUCAACCAGGUUAUCUUAUACGAAGAUGAGAGCUGGGAGGUACGGGAAGAUGGGACUUUACCUGCCUGGAAAAAGAUACAAAAACCACCAAAGGCAUUCACUUGGCGUGUCACUAUGCUGAUCACUGCCCUCGCCAUCUUCACGUAUCAUUCGAUGACCUACGACCAUUUGUUGCCCAUUUUUUUACAGGACGAUAGGACCUCUGGCUCACAGACUUCUUUAUUCGAUAUCUCGGGAGGUAUUGGUCUUUCCACUCAGACUGUGGGUGUUAUUAUGUCCACUGAUGGCAUCAUUGCUCUUGUGAUCCAGACUGUGAUUUUCCCGGCCCUGGCUCAUUGUCUUGGGGUAUGGCGACUUUUCGUGAUGGUGACGAUACUUCAUCCCAUCUCCUACUUCAUGGUUCCGUUUUUGGUGUUUCUGCCACAGAAUUUUAUUUUCUUUGGCAUUUAUACCUGCAUGAUCGUUCGCAAUAUUCUUUCUAUCAUCGCCUUCCCCGUUUUGCUCAUAUUGAUAAAGCAAGCCAGUCCAUCGGACUCGGUUAUGGGUAAAAUCAACGGACUUGCUGCAUCUUCCGGAGCGGCUUCGCGCACUAUCGCCGCUCCCAUUGCCGGCCUGUUGUACAGUGCUGGUGCAGGUAUCGGCUGCACUGCCGUGGCCUGGUGGGGUAGCAGUCUUGUUGCCCUGCUGGGAGUCCUCCAACUUUGGUUCAUUCAGCAGAAAAAACAUUCGUCGGUGAUAAUCGAAUCCGCGAAAUCUUGCCACUUCCUUCCGGUUUCCAAGCAGCCAAUCAAUCAUACCGUCCACAUUAUCGUGACCGACACAGAUGGUGAUACUCCUCCAGAGCACCUAUAUCCAGCGGCAUCGGAGGACAUGCGGACCUAA